AAUGUAAAAACUUGUUUCUUAUCUAUAUGCGGAUGGUAUUAAUUUUCUUAUAUAUUUAUUAGAUAAAUAUCUAAGUCUUAUUCCUAUGGUUGCUCCUUAUUCAGUUAUAGGAACUUAUAAAUUCAAAAUUAAAAUUGCACCAGGAUCAUUGAAAAAAGGAAAAGGUAAAUUUUCAUCUAAAUUUUUUAAGCUGGAAAGGAAAUUUUAAAUUUCUUCUAGGUCAAUAAAGAUAUCACUAAUCAAGAGAGAUAACUUCUGAAAAUGAUAACAGAUGAAGAAAUUGUUCAAACUAUGCUACCAGGAGUUAAAUUAACAGGAGUUGGAAUGCUUUAAAUGAAAUAAAAAGAGAAAUAAUUAAAGAAAUAAUAACCUAAAAAAAAUAAAUGA